GCUUGUCCCGUGGUGGCGCUUUUGAAGAAUGGGAGAGAAAGAUGCCCCUGCGGGAAGUACAAAGUACAUAUACGAUGUUGUUCUCCUUUGUGCUCUCUUAGGUCUCUUUGCCCUCUCUGCUCUCUCUGCCUCUCACUCUUUUCGUUUCUCUCAACACUGCUCUCGUUGCCUCCGUUCCUUUGGGCUGCGUUUGUUGUGUACACAAAAUAGAUUCAGCGUCUCUGGAGAUCGCGCGGGCUUCAUCACUGUCAUUCACUUCUACUCACCUUCCAUUCACUCAAGAUACACGCUUGCCGUGUACGCUCAUUCAUUGAUUGAAUCCUGACUCCAACCACCUGGUCUAUCACCUACGUUCUUUGUACCCCCCAAUUCUUUCUUUUCCACGAUCUGGACACUUUCUUUCCUCCGCGAACCCCACGAC